AUCGGCAAACAGGCGGGAGAGACAAGUUGAACGUACGUCCAUUAUCUUGCUUGCGCGACAUUUAGCUCUUAUUACGAGCUGUUACAAUUACAGCCAAUGUUAAAUAGCUACAUUAUUUAUGAAUACUAAUUUAAAUUCGCUUACAAGUUUUGAUGAGGUUACUGGGCGACUAGCUUAAACGACAAGGAUAGGUGGACCAAGAUGAGCCUACUAGCCCUUCAACAGCCACUAGUGGAGUCCCUGCCGGUUGAGAGUGACGCUGACAGCGGGAUGGGCUCACCAGUGGAAGCCGAAACCACAGAGAACCCACCCCCUCCAGAGCAGCAAGCAGACUCUGAUGAUGAAGACAUCGCAUCGGCCAGGAAGUCUCGCUCUCGGAAGGCACUGAGGGACAGUGACAGCGAAGAGGGCGAGGAGGCGGGUGGGAUAGAGGGAGCACUCGUUCUCUCUGCGUCCAGCGAAGAUGAGGCAGAAGAGGGGGAGGAGAAGACGGAGGUGAAGAAGGCAACCAGGACCAAGAAAAGGAUCGCCCGUGUCUCCAUGGACAGCGAGGACAGUGAAAAGGAAAACAGUAAGGAAGAGGACAAAGAGAGAGAAGCUGGAAGGAGGAGAGAGCAGUCCAAGCGACGCAAGGAGAGAGAGAGGAAAAAGGAGGCCGGGAAGAAGCAACAGAAGGAGACGAAAGUGGCCCCUCGAGGUAUAAAUGAUAGUGGCUGCCUUCUUGGAGACACAGAUCUGUUUGAUGCAGAGGAGGAGGAGGAUGAGGAUGAGGAAGAGUCUCUAGAGGCAAUCAGAGCGUCUGUCAAGCAGAAGGCUAAAAAACACAAGUCUCAUAUUGAAGAGGAACAUGCAGAAAAACCUCAACGUGUGGAGAGAAAAGCAGCACGUGCCAGUAAGGAGGCUAUAAAGCAGUUACACAGCGAGACCCAGAGGCUCGUCAGAGAGUCCAGUAUUGGGCUGGGCUACCACCUACCUGAGCCCAAGAGCAUCCAUGAGUUCUUCAAGAAGAGAGGCAGACCUCAAGGGCCCGGCAUGGCCCUCCUGAAGUCAGCGCAGUACCAGGCUACUAUCCUGGAAGCCACUGCAGCCUCAGCCAAGCAGAGCCAACGUCAGGAGCCCCAGCAGGCUGAAGAGGCCCCUGUAGUUGCCUCUGACCUUCAGGUGUCCAUGGAGCCCCCAUCAGCCCAGCAUCUAGAAGGGGAGGGCCUUCAGCAGGAGGAGCCCACCGCCCAAUCACAAUCUGGUGUGGCCAAACCAGAUGGCCUAUUAGAUGCUUUAUUGGAGGAUGCGUCCUGCCUCACAGAUAGGCCUUCAAUCCAAGUGGUCCUCGGGGCGUCUGGGUCGGAACCCCUAACUGAGGAAGCACCCGCUGCUUUAGCCCCGCCUGUGGAAGCUCCUCCUCCUGCCAUCAAGACUCGUAAGGACAGGCUGACCCGGCUCCGAGAGCUGGGCCUGGACCCACCACCCGUGGCUCGACUCCAGGCCUCUGAGGACUCUUUUGUGGAGCUGGAGGCCGCGCAGGUUAACCCAGCUCUGGAGGCCCUGAAGGACCGGUUCCUGCGUCACAUCCAGCCUGUGGUCCGCCCCAAAGGGGAACGCUCCGUGCAGCUCAGUGUGGUCAGGAAGGACAGCGCCCCCUCGGGGCAGGAGGAGCUCCGCACUGACGCUCUCACAAUCACCCUCACGGAGGAUGAUGAGCAGCCCAAAGUCAAACCAGGUGAGCGUCUGUUUCUGUUGAAGUCCCGUCUGCAGAAGGCCAUGGCGGUACGUCGGGAAGAGGAGAGACAGAAGCGCGCUGCUCUUUAUCGCCUAGACAAUGAAGACUGUGGAGAGGAGGAAGAGGAAGAAGAGAUGACUGAGUCUGAGGAGGAAGAGGGUGUAGACGAGCUGCUUGGUGGUGGAGGUGAAGAGCAGCAGGAUGGAGACGAGGCAGAUGAAGAUGAGUGUGAUGAAGAUGAGGAAGAGGAUGCCGCAGACAGAGCCACCGUUGUGAUGAGGAGCCCCUCCCCACGUCAGGACAAUGAUGGGACUCUUAUGCUGUUCGCCGGAAGCUCCUGCUCUCGUACCAGUGAUGGAGUGAAGAGGACAGGAGCAGGUCAGGACAGCGAUAAUAAACUCGAAGAGGAUGAUUCUCUGUCUUUGGUGAAGGACAGCAGUCACAACAGCAGCUUUGAGCUCAUGGGCUCCAUGAUCCCGUCGUACCAGCCAGUCACCCGAACGGCAGGAAGGGGUGUGGCCUCCAGCCUCUUCCGUUCGCCCUCCCCCUGCCUCUUCAGACCCAGCUUCCUGGGCUCCGCAUCCAAGAGCUCUGGGAAGGGCUCUGAGCCGUCUCUGCCAGUGGAGGACUCCCAGGACCUCUACGCCCCGCCCUCCCCCCCUGAGGCCCGCCUGGGCGGCUUCUCUCUGGACGAGCACACCCCCACCCACACGCAGCAGGAGGAGCCGCAGUCGCAGCUGCUGACGGCCGACGGCUUCCUGAACGUGGGCCGACACGGCGCCCACCCGACAUCGUCCCGGCCGCGGCUGCUCCUGGAGAGUCUGGACGAGAACGCCAUGGACGCCAACAUGGACGAGCUGCUGGGGCUGUGCUCCGGAGGCUUCACCACGCAGGUCCCCAGCUCCGCUCUCGCACACACCCCCUCAAGCACACUCCAGCGCACCACCAGCCCCUUGCCGAUCCCCAUCCCACCGCCCCCAAGCCUGCCGGACAUGCAGGCCAGCUCGGACACAAGCAUGGACCAGCUACUUGCACUCUGCUCCGGAAAGUUCACCAGCCCCAGUGGUACUCCUCUGACGUGUGUGUCCAGCCCCGCGUCUCACAGAAAAACUGCUGAAGCGAGCAGGAGAGAGCGGCUGUGUGAGGAUGACGAGCCAGAGGAGGAAGAUUGCGAGUUCAAGCUCAUGUCAGACGUAGAGAGUCUCAGUGGUCAGGAGGAUGAUUCAGAUGACCAGAAUGACAAGGAAGAUGAACAAGGUGAAGGUGAAGAUGAGGAAGAGGACGAUGAAGCCGAGGAGGAGAUGCAGGCAGUGUUCGGCCGACCAAAUGGGAAGAGGAAACUGAGGCUGACUGAGUUUGUGGAUUCUGAGGCAGAGCUGUCCGGCAGUGAGGGCAGUGAAGAUGAAGAGGAUGGCGGGGUGAAUGAAUAUGAGGAAGAUGAGUUGCAGGAGGAGCUGCCGUCUGACGAGGAACUACAGGACCAAGUCAACAAGAUCCACAUGAAGCAGAUACUUGAUGAUGAUAAGCGUCGGCUGCGUCUCUAUCAAGAGCGUUACCUUGCCGACGGGGACUUGCACUCAGACGGACCAGGGCGAACCAGACGCUUCCGCUGGAAAAAUAAUGACGAUGGCUUUGACUUUGAGGGGCCAGAAGGUGAGGAGGUGGAGGAGGAGGAAGAUGAAGAGUUGGACCAGACUGAGGUCCAGAGGAGGAAAGAGAGGAUGGAAAAGGAGCAGUGGCUACGAGAGCAGCAGUCUGUGGCUAAGACGAAGAAGGGCAAAGGUGAGGAGGUGGAGGAAGAGGAAGAGUGCUUCGGUGGGGAAGAGGACAGUCAGUUCAUGAAGCUCGCCUUGAAGGUUAUGGCAAAAACCAUGCAGAAAAAAGAGGCUUCUGUGGCUCCUCUUCAGGAACAGAAAGCUCCUGCGUCUGACCCAUUCCGGAGACCUGCUCCAACUGCAGUGGUCAAACGGGGGUCACUGUUGAGUCAGCCAAAAACCAUGCUGCAGAAGCUUGCUACAAUCUCCGACGGCAACCCCAUUGGUCCACGCAACACUCGUGGCUUCCUGUUUCAGACACUCUCUCCUGAGAAAGACUCCGCCCCUUCCAAACGCCCCAAACAGGUGAAGAGGUCAGGGUCUGAUUCUCCGGCCCCUGCAGCCAAGCGGCCACGGCAGGAGAAAAAGGCAACAACCUCCGGCCCUCCAAGAAGCAUCUUCAGCUACCUGGAGAACUAACACACACACAAACUCUUAUGUGACUUGAGUUACCCUCGCUCCUUUUAGUGAUACUAUGAAACAUGAGGGCAGAUUUAAAUAUUACCAUAGUUUUAUCAUGUAAAUAUUGUUUUUGGGUUGCUUUAAGAUUGUUUUAAUUUGUUUUGUGUUUUUAAUGUAUUUUAGUACG